UUGAGCUUCAACGUCUAAAUUUUCAGCUAAGUCUACACAUUCUUCUCAUUAACUGUAAGUCUCAAAUAUAUUUAUUUCUUCAAGUUUGCAAAUUGUUCAUAUUUACAUAGAUCAGUUUCUAGCAUCUGUUAAUUACUAUAUUUUCUAAUUAACAGACGUGUAUAUACUUAUAUUGUAGUGUAAUUGAUACGCAUUCUUUAAGAUCUCAAUAGCAUAUUAAAGUUUAUUGAGACUAAGGAUUAAGGGGUAGUUUGGUGUAAAAUUCAAGUCUUCAGUUUGAAAUUGGUGAAAGAUUCAAUCUUGAUUUAGAACGAGCUGAAAAUUUGAUUAUUUGAAUCCCUUUUAGAUAAAUCAAGAAAAAUGAACUCUGGGGGUUGUCUUGGGAUUUCAAGUAUGAAGCCUUGUCGUAAUAUAUUGAUUCUUGGGAAAAAAUCGUCUAUUUUUGGAUGCCCAUUGUACAGGCGUGGUCAUUCUACUGAAAAUAAUUUGUCGAAAUCACAGUUGAAGUUCUAUUGUUCCAUUCAAACCAAUUGUUUGAAUAAUAAGGUGUUAGGAUUUAGGAGAGUCGUUGACUCGAACCGGAGAGUUUUUGGUGGUUCCGGUUCAAAUUGGGGUCGAUCUAGGGUCUUUUUAGCUGAUCCUGUGAAGAAGAAGGAUAGGUUUGGAAGUGUAGUAGCAAAUGUAGCAUCAAAUAUUAGGAAUAAUUCGAAUUCUGUUGGAUCCCGUCUACCCGAAAAUAGCUUUGAGAAGAUAUACAUUCAAGGUGGUUUCAAUGUGAAGCCCUUGAUAAUUGAGAGAAUAGAGGAGAGCCAAGACUUGUUUGGGAAGGAUGAAGCAAAAGGGGAAGACGAUGAGGUCGAGGUUAAUGAUGGUACAUUUGGAGAUACCGACCAAUUUAGUAAAGCAGAGGUUUCAGAACGUGUUUCCGAGGUAGAGAAGGAGGCUUGGGAGUUGCUCCGAGGAGCAAUUGUGAACUACUGUGGGAGCCCCGUGGGCACCGUAGCUGCUACUGAUCCAGCAGAUAAGCAGCCGCUCAAUUAUGACCAAGUCUUUAUUCGCGACUUUGUGCCAUCAGCUCUUGCUUUCUUGCUUAAUGGAGAGGGAGAAAUAGUAAAGAACUUCUUGCUCCACACACUGCAGUUACAGAGCUGGGAGAAAACUGUGGACUGCUACAGCCCUGGGCAAGGGUUGAUGCCGGCUAGUUUCAAAGUUAGAAGUGUGCCUCUUGAUGGGCGAGAUGGAGAAUUCGAGGAUGUAUUAGAUCCAGACUUUGGUGAAUCGGCUAUUGGACGAGUUGCACCUGUUGAUUCUGGACUAUGGUGGAUCAUUUUAUUGAGAUCUUAUGGGAAAAUCACGGGCGACUACUCAUUGCAAGAGCGAGUAGAUGUGCAGACUGGCAUAAGAUUGAUUCUGAAUCUGUGCUUAACCGACGGGUUUGACAUGUUUCCCACUCUCUUGGUCACUGAUGGCUCUUGCAUGAUUGACCGAAGAAUGGGUAUUCAUGGCCAUCCACUCGAGAUCCAAGCAUUAUUCUAUUCUGCUUUGCGGUGCUCCCGUGAGAUGCUCACAAUCAACGAUACAACCAAGAACCUUGUGGUGGCCAUCAAUAACCGACUCAGUGCUCUUUCGUUUCAUGUCAGAGAGUACUACUGGGUGGACCUCAAGAAAAUUAACGAGAUUCAUCGUUACAAGACAGAGGAAUACUCCAGUGAUGCCGUCAACAAGUUCAACAUCUAUCCUGAUCAAAUACCCUGCUGGCUCGUGGACUGGAUCCCCGAGAGUGGCGGCUAUUUGAGUGGCAAUCUGCAGCCAGCUCACAUGGAUUUCAGGUUCUUCACUCUUGGAAAUCUUUGGUCCAUUAUUUCAUCGUUGAGCACCCCCAAACAGAGUGAAGGAAUAUUGAAUCUGAUUGAGGAGAAAUGGGAUGAUCUGGUGGCAGAGAUGCCUCUCAAGAUAUGCUACCCUGCUCUUGAGCACGACGAGUGGCGCAUAAUCACAGGCGGCGACCCCAAGAAUACGCCGUGGUCGUAUCACAAUGGUGGAUCGUGGCCUACGCUUACGUGGCAGUUCACGUUGGCGUGCAUCAAGAUGGGAAGGCCAGAGUUGGCAAGGAAGGCGGUGGCGGUGGCUGAGCAGAGACUUCCCGGUGAUUCGUGGCCAGAAUACUACGACACGAGACACGGGAGGUUCACGGGGAAACAAGCACGGCUGCAGCAGACGUGGACGAUUGCCGGAUACCUGACGUCGAAGAUGCUUCUGAGAAAUCCAGAGCUGGGCUCAAUGCUGUUGUGGAACGAGGAUUAUGAGGUGCUGGAGAAGUGUGUGUGCAGUCUCAAAACUGGGAGGAGAAACUGCUCUCGCCUUGCUGCCAGAUCUCACAUUGAUUAGUUUUAACUUUUAACCUAAACAUAUGUUUAUUUUUCCUUCUUGUGGAACUACUAUACAUCUCUCAUGAAUUCCUUACAAAUAAAGUCAAAGGCCAACACAGGAAAAACCUCUCUUGAAGGCUUUUGUUGUGAAAUUUUCAA